UGCCUUGGCUUAAACCAGGGGGCGUUGUACCCGGAAGCAGCUGAGAGAAACCCACGUUGACAUCAACAUAUGGAAACAGCAGUGUUUCUCAACUGACUUGAAAGCUGAUUAUGGGGUCUGCUUUCAUUAUUCUUGGAACGUCGGUAUUAGCCGUGUUAUUGGCAGGCUACUGGGCUCAGAGAUACUUACCACCACCAAAACCAAAAAUAGUUGGAAUUGAUCUAGGCACGACGUACUCCUGUAUCGGGGUGUAUCAUGCAGUGUCGGGCGCGGUGGACAUCCUGCAGGUGCAGAGUGGGAAGAAGUGCAUUCCCAGCGUCGUCGCCUUCAGUGAGGAGGGUGUGGUCGUGGGGUUCAAGGCGGUGGCCCAGGCGGAACACAACCCACAGAACACUCUGUAUGAUGCCAAGAGGUUCAUAGGGAAAGUGUAUCGCAAGGAGGAGCUAGAGCAGGCUCAGAAACAAUACCCCUUCAAGCUGGAGGCUGAUGAGCUGGGGAUGGUGCAUUAUGUUGUCACGGUGAACGGCACCGAGAAGAAGAUCACCCCUCAUGACGUGGGCUCUAUUAUCCUGGAUACUCUGCGGCUUGCUGCAGAGGCUAAUCUCAGCGCUCCAGUCUCCAAGGCGAUACUGUCAGUCCCCGCAGAGUUUGACGCCAUGCAGAGAAACUACACCAUCAAAGCUGCAGCACUAGCAGGUCUGGAGGUGUUCCGUGUGAUCAAUGAGCCGACGGCAGCAGCUCUCGCCUACGGUCUUCACAAGAAGUCCACCUUGCAGACCAUACUGGUGGUGGAUCUUGGGGGAGGAACACUGGACGUCUCCCUUCUCAACGUGCAGGGAGGGAUGUUCCUCACACAGGCUAUGGCAGGGAAUAACCGACUCGGUGGGCAGGACUUCAAUCAGCGCCUGCUGCUGUUCCUGAAGGACGCGAUCGAGAAGAUGUACGGCCAGAAGCUGACCAACAAGGAGGAUCUCCAAGCCCUGAGGCUGCAGGUAGAACAGGCCAAGCUGGACCUCACCUACAAACAGACGGUCGACAUCGUCAUCACGCUACACUCCCUGGGAAACAAAGUGUUCAAGGAAGCUAUCCCACGGACGUUGUUUGAAAAAUUGAAUGAUGAUUUAUUCAACAAAGUUUUAGAACCUAUUGACAGGGUGUUACAAGCUGUCCAGCUUACCCGGGAUGAAGUGGAUGAGAUUGUGUUGGUUGGCGGGUCGACACGGAUACCAAAAGUUAGAGAAUUGAUACGGGAUUAUUUUAGAAAACAGCCGAACACGGCAAUUGACCCUGAACUGGCUGUGGCUACUGGAGUGUCCAUCCAGGCGGGCAUCAUAGGAGGAAUGUGGCCACUGACGGUCAGCGCCGUGGAAUUGCCUACGAGGGUCAGGAAGAUACAGAUUCACUGAUGACGGGAGUGUCUAGGAGAGUAUAGGAUAAAUGCAGCCCAUGCUGUUAUUUUGUGGAUAAUUUAUGGUACCUUAAGUAAUAAAACAAUUUUAGAUUUUUAAAAAACCUCGGCUGAUGAGUUUUCAAAUUCCUAAUUCUGACAUACUGUGUGAUAUGGAUGUGUAUGUGAUAACUUCAAAUAUAAAUAUAAUUUAUGUUUUUAGAUAGAAUAGGGUCAUGAGUUUUCAUGAGCUGUGAAAGUGGUGGGGUGAUGUUUGUUCAAUCAAAAUGUCAAUCUUUAACUGUCAUUGAUAUAUGUAUAUGAUGAAGAACCGUUGCUCAAUAGCAGAAUUCAACAUAAGUUUGUCAAUAGUGUUGAAACUUAAUUGUUAUUUGGAUAUUAGUGAUGCAUAUUUCCUAAUAAUAGGGGGGGUUAAAGCUUUCGCUCGUCAAGCCGAAGACCCGGGUUUUAUUCCCCACAUGGGUACAAUGUAUGAAGCCCAUUUCUGGUGUCCCCCGCUGUGAUGUUGCUGGAUUAUUGCUAAAAGCAGAGUAAAACCAUACUCACUCACUCUUAAUUAUAAUAUUUGAGUACAAUGUUAGUCUUUGAAUUCAGGAAGUAUAAUUCACAUAUGCGAGUGUAAACCUGGACUAGUUUGAACCAAACUGACAAGGGGCUUUUGUGUACUUUGAAGUAUACUGCUCUGCUUUUGACAGGGAUAUUGAGAUAUUGUAAACUAUUUUCAUAUUAUAUUUAUUAAUAAUUUGUUGGUGCAUCAUACAGUGUCAUAGUAAAAUAGGAAUAUCCCUAUCUAAAGUUGAGCUGUAUGGUUUACACUCGUGUCAAUCUUGUUCUGCUUGUACAGUAUUGUUAUGGGAAAAAUUAAUUACCAUGGUAACCAAUCAGCAUUGUUUCAAGCCCUGAUGGACCAGUGUGAUGACGAUGUGCCUCACAUGAAGGUGUUUUAUUGCUCUUCUUGACAAAAAUGAAACUUGACAACAACUAAUGUUCCAAUGUUCUAGAAUUAUGAGAGCCAAUUGUAUUCUGGGCGUCCUAACAGUUUGUACAAUAGUUGAUGUUUGUUAAAGUGUAUGAUAACUGGCGUAGAAUGCGUUCUCAGCACCCGUUGCCUGCAAAAGGUAACUAAAUGGGGAAUUCAUGGAGAAUUCAUGGGAGUUCAAGGGGAUUCUGGGGUAGAAUUGGCCCCUUGCAGCACAUGUUGGUCGUAACAGACGACUUAG